AAAAGUAGUUGUAAAUUUGGAGGAAUAUGGUAGCUGUGCAGGAAGGAUGACGUGAUCAAAACCUCCCAAAAGCGGUAAAUUUAUGACGGGGCAGAUCAACGGAAUAAAUCCAAGGACGAGAUUACGAAGAGUCGUUCUGACACCCCUUAUAUACCCUCAUCAAACAUUUCACACCCACAUUUUAUUACAGAGAAAGAAAAAAAAAAAGAGACCACAAAUGGCAACAAGCAGACCGGCUCUGAGGAAGGCGGUUUUUGUGAAGGUGGAUGCUUUGAAACCGGGGACUCAGGGGCAUAACGUUGUGGUUAAGGUUGUGAGUAGUGAAGAAGUGUUGAAGAAGGGUCAAUCUAAGAUUCCUUCUCUGAGGAAGACUCGUGUGUCUGAGUGUCUUGUUGGUGAUGAAACUGCUUCUAUCCUUUUUACUGCUCGUAACGAUCAAGUUGAUGUGAUGAAGCCUGGUACGAGUGUAAUCAUAAGGAAUGCAAAGAUUGACAUGUAUAAAGGAAACAUGAGGCUCGCAGUUGACAAAUGGGGUCGCUUAGAGGUCACCGAACCUGUUAAGUUUAAAGUCAAGACGGACAAUAACCUUUCUUCGAUCGAGUAUGAGCUGGUGGAUGUUGUUAAUCCCAACUGAAUACUUGCACCAGGGUUAAGAAGGUUGAGAAAUGAAGCUGGCUGAUGUCUGUCGCUCUACUAGUUGAAAUGAACUGAGCAGUGGUACUGGUAACAACAUAGAAAUAUUAAGUUGAAGCUAUGACUUGUGUUUUUGCAUAUUAUAUUUAAAAUUUGCAUUUUGCCCUUAUGGAUUUUACAUAUAUUUGGGAUUAUAUAUUUUAAUCGAAGUAAAUCUGGUGAUCUGAAGUA